AUGGCGCAUAGACAACGUCAGGCGGCGAUCGGAGCUGGAGGCAGAGGAAGAAGGGGCCGGGCUGCAGCUUCGAACCAAGCUCAGACCUCAUCAACACCACCCCAGUCGGGUAGCGAAGAAAACGAAAAGACGCCGGUCGACGAAGAAAUGCUCGACGAGGACGCGAAGCAACAAUCCUCUAGCGUGACGGCAACGACUAGUUCUUUGGUUGAAGAAGACAAUGUCGAUGAUAAAACCGAAGGAGAAACAGAAGAAGCGACCGGAGAAAGCGAAAAUAAUGCGACGACCGGAGCUGCUCCGGCUGUUGGAGUUAACGCCAGCUCUAGUGAGACUGAACUUAGUAAGGAAGAGCUUAUCGCUCGAGCAAAGAAGAUUUACAAUAAAGAACGCAAAAUAAUAAUCAAGAAUGUCCCACCUGUCACAUACGAGGAAGUUAAAGAGUUCAUUGGUGGACACAGUAUCUGCAACAUUGUCAUUAGCAAGAAAUCCAGGCAUGCUGUCGUCACUUUGAUGAAUGGAGAAGAUGCUGAAGAGAUUGUGGAACAACUUACAGGCAAACACCUUUUGGGAACUGAUGUUACUGUGGCAUUACAUCCUAGUGACAAGAUGCUCUGUUUGACAAAUCUGCCCCAUGGAUGCCAGGAGAAAGAAAUCCAUGGUCUUCUACUUACUUAUGGUGCAAUGGAAAAAUUUUUCUUGAUGCGCUGUGAAGACACGGGUGAAAGCAAGAAUUAUGCUGUCUUUGAAUAUUGUCAUAACAAAGAGAAAUCUGGACAAAUCAGAGAGGAGCUCAACUGGAAAGAGUACAAAGGUCAUGUUCUACAGUGUGACUUCAUCGAGGAGAAUUUAGUUGUUUCUUAUGACAAGUUGAAUUCUCGGUGUCUCCUAGUUAAUGGUCUUCCAAAAGAUUUCAAAGACCACUCUGAACUGAAGGUUAUGUUCAGCAAUUACCACAUUCCCAUUUAUUGCCAGAUUGUUUUAAAAGACAAUGUAUGCCAGGAAUGUGCUAUUGUGGAAUAUGCCACAGCAGAAGAAGCAGAAUCCACUUGGAGGAACCUGAGAGAGGCAUCGAUCAAAGGCAAUAAAAUGGAGAUCUCUUUCAGUGUUCCUGGACUUUCUGCAGUUGUUGUCUACAAUAAAAUAAUACAGAGAAAGGAGAAGAAGGCCACCCCAUUCCAAGUUGGACCAGCAUUGAACAGCUCCAAGUCAGGCCUCUUGCCUGACCCUGUGUUUCCAAACCCUUCAAUGAUGAACAACCCUUUAGUGAAGGGCUUGGCCAAUCAGAAUCCAAAAUUGCUACAACAAUUCCAGCAAGCUCUGCAGCUUCUGCAAAAGACCUAUAUUCAUCAGACAAUUGUUCGCAAUGCAAAACCAGUUUGUUAUAUUCCAGGUCUGCUAGGUCCUGGCCCCAAUGUGUCACUGAACCCUUUGAUGAACCCAAACAUGCAACUAGGCCUGAUCAUUUUGCUUGCUCUUCAGAUGCAGGGACAACGCCAACAACUGUUCACUGGACCACUGGCAAAACAACUUAAUAUGCUAACAGCACUUGGACAGCAGUCAAACUUUCAAGCUGCUCUCAAAGGCCAGAAACCAUCUUUACUUGGAGACCCAAUGACUGCUCAGGCCAAUCUCCUUGUACAAAACCUAAUGUCUCAAAUGAACAAUGAAGCAAGUGAAGAGACAAACCGCCCCAAGCCAGAUGUAAACCCACUCCUCACUAGUUUGAAAGAUAACAUGGCGGCAGCUGCUGCAGCAGCGGCAGCAGCAGCUAUGCCCAAACCAAUUAAAUUUCCCUUUAACCCUCCUUCACUCUCAGAUCUCCAGAAAAUUCAAAAUUUAAAUAUUCAACAGUUGAUGGCACUUGGACAAUUGAUGAGCACAAUGCAGAACUCUAGCAGUUCUUUGCAGAACCUUCCAACAGCAGCUGGAGGAGCUGCACCAGGCUUGACUCCUGGAGCUGCAGCUGGUAUUGGAGAUGCUACCAAGGGACUGCUUGGAACCCCUCCUCAAACAGGACCUCUUGCUGUUGCUGGUGGUGGUGGCCAGCAACAGAAAGCUUCUCUCUGGGGUAGUGGCAGUUGGGGAACAGGUGCUAGCAGUAGUGGAUCCAACUUGGGUACUCCUCCUCAGAUAGGAGCAAAUGUGGCAGGCAAACCAGGACUUCUUCCCAGCCCAAACCCAGGGACACCUGGAAAUAAUAGCAUAGCCUCAGGUUUCAACCAGAAUGUUGCUGCAGCUGCAAAUUUUAUGCGUAACCUGCAAGUCCUAGCUGCAGCUCAGCAGUUAGCAUCUGGUGGUGGUGGAAAUGCUGGUGGUAGCACAGGCAGCAGUACUGGUAAUAACAACAAUAGUACUGGUGGUGGAGGCAGUGCUGCAAUGAGUCAUACAAGCAACAAUCAAACCCUCACCUCUAACAAAAGGAAGAAUACAAGUUUUGGAAGCAGCUCCUUACUUGGAAGCCCUCCUCGGUCUAACCAGAACAAUACCUCGAUGACACCAACACCUCUCAGGUCAUCAGGUCUUUCUAGCUCCUUUUCAGGCAGCAGCAACAAUAACAGUAGCAGCAGUAGCAGCAGCAAUUUUGGCUACAAUGAUCCUUUAAACAAGAGGUUAUCUGGUGGCAGUAGCAGCAGCAGCAGUUUCUUUAGCCAGGACAAGAGGAGUGGCCUUUUGCCCCAACCACUGUCAAGCCAGACAUCCAGUUCGUCUUUAAGUCGUUUUUAUGACAGACUUUCAACUAGCAGUUCCACAAGCCGUGGGCACACUCUUGGAUCAUCACUGAGUGGGUCUAGCAGUUACAGCCGAAGUGGGUUGUAUACUGGGGGCUAUAGCAGCCAGAAAUAUCAGUCUAGCAGCAGUGGUGGCACAAGUUCUGGCAGUGGUCUUCUGGGUGGCGGCAGCAGUGGUUCUGGUGGUGGGGGCUCUGUUGGAACUGGUCUGGCCAGUGGGGGCACUAGUGGCUACAGUGAAUACUCCAGCGAUUCCUACAACCAGCAGUACGGCAACUCAAACAGUGACCAGUAUUAUGACAGCUACAACUACUAUGACAAUCAGUCAUCGUACCAAUCUAACUAUUCUGACCAAGAUGGGCGUGGAGGUAGUGGUGCUGGUGGCACUUAUUAUGCCUCUUCCAAAAACCUUUCAUCUGGUGACUACAGUUUUAACAGUAACAAAGGAGACAUUUCUGGCAGCUAUUCUGGAGGAUACAAUGAUAACUAUUAUGGCAACAGCAGUAGUGGCUCUGGGGGAGGAGGAAGCGGAACUGGUCAGUAUGAAAGUAGCUACAGCAGCAGCUACACCAGCAACUACAACAGUGGGUCUUCUAAUUAUGGAAAUUAUGGAAAAGGAUCAUCAACAGCAAAUGAUUCUAGCUAUUCUAAUUACCAAUCCAAUUACAAUUCCAACUAUGGCAGUUCAUCAUUUGGUAGUAUAGGCAGCUCUCUUGGUUCUUCUAAUAACUUUGGAUCAUCAUCAUCAUCAUCUUACUCAAGUUACUAUGGAAACUCUGGCUCUUCUAGUUACAAUUCCAGCUCCUCCAUGACAUCUCCUAUUGGUCAGAAACGCAGCUACAGUCAACUACUUCCUCCCCCGGAAGCCAGUCCUGAGGGUGGCUAUAUUGGGCAGCACUCCCAAGGGAUCGGUGGUCACUACGCAGACUCCUAUGCCAAGCGAAAACGAUAUGACUUGAGUGUCAGCAGUAAAGGCAUCAGAAACUCUGGAUGUUUUUUUCACAUGUGCUCCUCACUCACUCUUUUUCUCUCUCUAACUCUCUCUCUAUCUCUCUCUCUCUCUCUCUCUCUGACAAUUGUUUUAAAUGAAAUACACUCCAAUGUACAUCUGGCAAUUGUCCACGAAAAAUAUCUCAAAUGUGCUAGUUCUCAACCCUUUCCUCAUCUAUUUUUCUUUCUCUCUCUCUUUUUUUCUUUCUCACUCUCUCUCUUCAAAAACUCUUAA